AUGUAUAAUAACAAAUAUCUAUCAUUCUGUUCAUCUCUCUCUCCCCCUCUCUCUCUCUCUCUGAUUCAGUAUCUAUCGUUUUUUCUGAUUCAGUUAAAAUCUAUCGUUUUUAUCUUCUAUCUAUCUCUAUCUAUGUUCUGUCAUCUCUAUCUAUCUAUCUAUCUAUCUAUCAGUUCUGUCUAUCUAUCAUCUAUCUAUCUCAGUUCUAUCUAUCUAUCUAUCUAUCUAUCUAUCUAUCUCAGUUCUGUCUAUCUAUCUAUCUAUCUAUCUAUCUAUCUAUCUCAGUUCUGUCUAUCUCUCUAUCUAUCUAUCUAUCUAUCUCAGUUCUUUAAAAUAUAUCGCAUUCUGUUCAUAUCUAUCUAUCUAUCAUCUGUUCAUAUCUCUCUCUCUGUCUCUUUCUAUCUCUCUAUCUAUCUCAUUCACUUAAAAUCUAUCUUUUCUGUCUAUCUCUGUCGCAUUCUGUUCAUAUGUAUGUAUGUAUCUAUCAAUGAAUCCCAGUCUGUUCAUAUCUAUCUAUCUAUCUAUCUAUCUAUCUAUCUAUCUCAUUCUGAUACUUCAAUUAUAAUUUUCUUUUUUUUAAAUUUAAUUCUGUCACCUCGAGGAGCUCUAAUGUUAAAAUCUCUGUCUCUCGCAUUCUGUUCAUAUCUAUCUAUCUAUCUAUCUAUCUAUCUAUCUGUACGUCUGUCUGUCUAUCUAUCUAUCUAUAUAUCUAUCUAA